GGCAAGCAGAUCAAACAAUGAUGCUAUCAGCAAAGCCAUUGACGACUCGUCACCCUUCCUUCUUCCCCUCGAAUUUUUCCCGCGUCCCUAAUACCAAUCGUGAACUAGCCCCCACCAGAUCCCUGCGGAUCCCAGUUCUUAGGUCCGUUCCUCUUACAACCUCUGUCGCCGAUCCAGUAGCAACGGCGGCGACCCCUGCGCUGACCCGCGUGGACAUCCUAUCAGAAUCGCUCCCUUUCAUACAGCGAUUCCACGGCAAGACCAUUGUGGUAAAGUACGGAGGCGCCGCUAUGAAGUCCCCGGCUUUGCAGGCUUCCGUGAUCAAUGACCUUGUCCUCCUCGCCUGCGUCGGGCUCCGGCCCGUCUUCGUCCAUGGCGGAGGUCCGGAAAUCAACUCCUGGCUUCUCCGCCUCGGAGUCGAGCCCGAGUUUCGAAAUGGCCUCCGUGUUACUGACGCUCUAACCAUGGAGGUCGUGGAGAUGGUCCUUGUCGGCAAGAUCAACAAGUCGCUCGUCUCCCUUAUAAACCUCGCCGGUGGCACAGCCAUCGGCCUCUGCGGGAAGGAUGCCCGUCUUCUAACCGCCCGGCCUUCACCCGAUGCCGCUUCGCUCGGAUUCGUCGGUGAGAUCGCUCGGGUCGACCCAUCAAUUCUGCGCCCUAUCAUCGCCAACGGCCACAUCCCCGUCAUUGCUUCUGUCGCUGCAGUUGACAUGUGGUAUGAGGUUCCUCCCGCGGGGAAAAUGCCCGCCGCCAUUGGCGCUGAGAAGCUGAUACUUCUGACCGAUGUGGCGGGAAUCUUGACAGAUCGCAAUGAUCCCGGGAGCCUCGUGAAAGAGAUCGACAUCAGUGGGGUGAGAAGAAUGGUUGAAGAGGGGAAGGUAGCUGGGGGGAUGAUCCCUAAGGUGAAUUGUUGCGUGAGGUCGGUUACACAGGGGGUUCGAACUGCGAGUAUAAUCGAUGGGAGAGUGCCGCAUUCAUUGCUGCUUGAGAUUCUCACAGAUGAGGGAGCUGGAACGAUGAUCUCUGGCUGAGCCUGUAGUUGCAGUGGAGCGGGUAAGUGGUGUUAGAUAAUUUUACAAAAAACUGUUCUGCUUCUUUCUCGUAGCUUGGCAUACGAUUCUCAGAUGAGAUCAUUGAUGCUUGUGUAGGAGUUUCUUUAUGAUUUUCAUCCCGUUUUUGUCUACCUUUAUCAUGCUUCUUUUUUUUUUUUUUGUUUCAUUGACUGGAAUAUUUUUUAUAUUUGGGGUGGUUGAACAAUGCUAAAAUUAGGAAUGGUGGAUGUAAACAUCUUUUAAAUUCAUUAUUAUUCAUUGA